AUGGCGUCUUCUCUCCCAAGUCGCCCUCUUGCUUUAGUGUUCUCACUUUUGUUCCUCAUAAUUGCCCAAUUUUAUCAUCUGGGAUUAGCACAUAGCCAUGGCUUCCCAUCCCUUGCCCCUCAAUUGACUUACCAUGGAGGACCCCUCCUCACAGGAAAUCUAGACAUUUCCAUCCUCUACUAUGGUCGGAUCAGCCGCGUCCAAAAGAAUGCCAUCCGCAGCUUCCUCAAGUCUCUUAACAGCGUGCGCGCCGGUCACGGUGGCGGCAUCAAGCCAAUGGUGUCGUCGUGGUGGAACGUGGUGGAGAGUUACCAGUCGUUUGUUGGCGGCCGUGGGAGGAGGAGGAACCCCCCGAGAAUCAACGUGAAGGUGGUGCGCGUGGUGACAGACACAUCCUAUUCAGUGGGGAAGAUAAUGACAACGGACUUCACAAGGAUUCUAGUGGAGAAAGCAACGGCGAGGAGAUCAGGAAAGACGUUGGCAAUGAUAGUGACAGACAGGCAAGUGACAGUGCAGGAGAUGUGCACGGGAAAAUGCGUUCAACACGGGGCGUUUGGAAGGCAGGCUUAUGUGAUAGUUGGGAACCCGGAGACAAAGUGCCCUGGGGCAUGCGCAUGGCGAUUCCACCGCGAAGAGGAAGGCCCACAAGGGGUUGUUUUGCAACCUCCGAGUGGGAAUGUGGGGGCUGAUGCUAUGAUAGUCUUGUUGGCUUCAGGGCUGGCGGAUGCAGUGACCAACCCCUUCAACAAUGCCUUCUUUACGUUCGGAAGUGGUCCAAACGUGGGGCCGGUUGGGGCCGGAACUGCGUGUUGGGGCAUGUUUGGGAGUGGGGCGUUUCCGGGUUACACGGGGAAGAUACGGGUGGACCCGAAGAGUGGUGGGGCCUUCAACACCCACGGUGUUAGGGGGAACAAGUUCUUGUUACCUGCGCUUUGGAACCCUGCUUCCUCCUCUUGUUGGACUCCUGUCUAA